AACUGGUUAUUGUCAACACCAAAACUAAAACACCAUUAAUGGCUUCUUCUUCUCCUUUUCUUCUUCAAGGCUCUCUCCUUCAAAGAUCAUCCUUUAUAGGCAAAACCCUACUCACCAACAAUCAUCAAACCCAUGUUGUCUUUCCCAAAAUACCCUCAAACAUAAUCCAAAAACCCAAUGCAAAAUUCAACCUUUUUGAAAUCAUGGGUGGGAGAGGUCUCUGUAAUGGUGAAGAAGGCAUCCAGAAAGAGCUCAAAAGACCAAUAGAACAAAUUCCAACCAAAGAUCAAGAUAAAUCAGAAAAAUCAACCGAUGUUAAUAUCCCAGAAGAUGGAUUUGAUAAGGAGAUGUUAGGUUUAACAGGUGGAUUCCCAGGUGGUGAAAAAGGACUUAAGAAAUUCAUAGAGGAAAACCCACCUCCCAAGAAAUCAUCACCACCUGUUCAAGAACUUGGGAUCAAUCUAAGUCAAGUGAAGAAACCAAAACCACCGGAGCUGCCAUUGUUGAUGCCUGGAAUGAUUGCUUUGGUGAAGAAUUCUAACAGUCCAUAUUACAUGUAUUGUGGGAUUGUGCAGAGGAUAACUGAUGGGAAAGCUGGUGUGCUUUUGGAAGGAGGGGUUUGGGAUAGGUUGAUCACGUUUAGGCUUGAUGAACUUGAACGAAGGGAAAAGGGUCCACCUGGAGUCAAUCCUAGGUCGGUUAUUCUUGAAGGUUUGGUAGAAAAGGAUUCGUGAUCUCUUUGUUUUUUGUUUGGUGCAUGUAUAUAUGUCUGUCUCUGUCUGCGAUUUGUAAUUGAGACCUUUUGAUUUCUGAAAUGAAUUCUAAUGGCGAAACUGCAAUGAAACAAGAA